CCACCACACCAGUCACCACCCGUCCAUCCACCACCACCACCCAGCGCAAUCCCCGAGCAACAACGCGCCGCCGUCUCUCUGCUCUUGGCCGUCACAAUGGCGACGGCGUGGGUGCGGUCCCUGAGCUGCAGAUCCUACGGCGUGGCCGACGCCGUCGUCGCGCCGUCCCCGACCCCGAGCAAGAAGAUGACGCAGACCUUCCCCGUCUCGUGCGCUGCCGCGGAGGACGUGAGGGACUCGGUGGCGCCUCCCACGCGGCAGCACGCCUCGAAGCACGAGAAGCCGCCGCGGCGGGAGAGGCGGAGGGGCGGGCACGAGCGGGAGCGGCAGCAGGACGCGAGGCCGCGGGCCAGGAAGAAGCCGAAGCAGGCGUUCAUGCCGUCCCCCUCGCCGGCCGCCCCGGCUCCCUCGGCGUUCCUGACGAUGGCGGAGCUGCCGGAGGGCCACUCGUCGCGGCAGGUGGUGGAGCUCAUCUUCUCCUCCGGGUGGGGCCCCGCGUCCGCCGCGGCCGCGCCGCCGGAGGUGGAGGCGAUGUUCCGGGUGCACAGCGCGGCCAGGGCGGUGGCGCGGUUCGAGGACGCCAGGGCGGCCGCCCGCGCGCACGGCGCCGCCGCGCGGUGCGGCGCCGACGGCAACGAGAUGAUGCGCUUCCAGUGCCGCCCGGCCGCUGGCGCCGUCUUCGGCGCCGGCGUCGCCACCUGCCAGCUCGGCCCCUGCAGCUCCGCGGUGCGCACCUUCGCCUGCAGCGGCGCCGCCCACGCCAGAGCCGCCGCGUCGUUUUCGCCGUCGCCCGGCGCGGGCCGGAGGGCCAUGCUGGUGUGCCGGGUCAUCGCCGGGCGCGUCCGCACGGCGCACGGCCAGGACCAGCACGGCCGGCACCACCGCUCCUCGGACUACGACUCCGUGGACAUGGGCGACGGCGAGCUCGUCGUCCUCGACAGCCGCGCCGUUCUCCCCUGCUUCCUCAUCAUCUACAAGGUCUAGCCGCGCCGUGCUCCCCUGCACGCCAGUUAACCACGCGUUGAUCCACCCGUACCUAAAAAUCACCAUCCUCUCAUCUUUUUUUGGCUCUCGUUUAACAUUCCGGAGGCGGCAGGCUGCUAGCCACUCCGGCAGUACGUAGGAUUAACAGAGAUUGGAGACCAGUCCCGUGUGUAAAACUGUAAAAGAUUGCUUCUUUUCUUCUUCUCCGCUUUGAAUCUUGAUGAAAUGGUAUAGAAAUGUUUUUUUGCUUGCUUC